AAAGGAUCGGGACGCUGCGGAGCUCGCAUUGCUCAAGGUCGAGCAGGGUGGUGUUGAGUCCGUGCACCACGCUGCGAAGGACCAUCGCAACGCACAGAGCAUCGCGGAGCAGAGACACGUUGACCAGGUGCGCCGCGCGAAGCGAGACAUCGCGCAGGAUGCGUACGAGCGAGCGCAAGAGGAGGAGGUGCUGGAGGCUGCUGCAGAAGACCGUGCCCGCCGGGAGGAUGACGCGCAGUAUCACCAGUUGAAGGGUCGGAUGCGGCUGAAAGAGGCCCAGGACAAGCAGCGAGCUCGCAAGGAGCAGGCAGAAGAUGUCCGCGAGGGCCGCUUCCAGUAUGAUGCCCAGCGGGUCUUGCAGUUGAAGGACGGGGCCAUACUGUUGAAGAUCAAGUCCCAGAACGAGCGCCGAGAAAAGAAGAAUCAGAAGGUGAAGACCGAAAGAGAGAAGCAGAGGCAGGAUUUGCUGCAGGAGGGAAAGAACCCAUACGAGGUCUGGAGAAGGGAAGAGAUGGAGGUGCGGAAGGAGGAGCAGCACCUGCGUCUCCGUGCCCAGGCGGAGCUGCGCUCCGAGAAGCUGGUGGAGCAGCUCAUUGCGGAAGACAAGACCUACAAGCGCAACAUGCAGGAGUCCAAAAAAAAACGGGAGCAGAAGGAGGAGUUCCAGCGCCAGGUUGGAAAUUAUGCCAAGGAGAAGAAAAUCACGCAAUACAUCCGCAAGAUGACCAUCGGCAACGUGGACGUGUUGGAUCCCACGGGCACAGCGCUUCGCAUUGACCCCUCGAAGGUCAGCAUCCAGCGCACCAACGCGUUUGGUUUGGGCAGGGCCCGCACGGAGGAGAUCCAGAACGUGGCGCGCCAGGUGAAGUCUGGCAAUACGAGGAUCGAGCAGUGGAAGGAAGCGAAUCAGAACACCGAAGAGGAGGAGGAGGCGGAGGCGCUGCGGAUGGAACAAGAGCAGAUGGACAACUUCCUCCGUUCCGCCUCCGGCGAAGACGGUGACCCCUUUGAAGUGGAGGAGCCAGAGGAGGACGAGGAGGAGGAGUCGGAGGAGGCGGUUGGGGUGGGCGAGCGAGUCAAGGCACAAGCCAGCGGCACAGGCCGCGCAUACGAUGACUGA